AUGGCAAUGGGUGCGCUGCUCGAUAUCAAGCCACCCCAUCUAACAGUGAUGGCAACGGCUUGGAGAGCGGCCAUCCGCCUCCAUCAAGCUGAAGAAUGGUCCCCGGCGAGCGGCGGGCACACCGAGAUCCUCAGAGAUCUGGGUUCGGAGUUAAUUCUGACCCAAGGUGGAGACCGCUGCAAGACGGAGUACCUCUUCAGACGAGAAUAUGAUUUAAUCCUCCCAGAUAGGGAGAAAUGGCUGGAGGACCCAAACGGCAUUCUGACUCCGGGGGGUCUGGUCUGGUUCACAGACGGCUCCAAGACCGGAUCUGGCACCGGAGCCGGGAUUGCGGGGGACAGCCCAAGAGUCGAAAUGACCCUCAAACUGGGCCACCACGUUACAGUCUUCCAAGCAGAAGUUGACAGCCUGGCCGCGCUUAGAGCCCUCCACAAAGUGGAAAUUGGGUCGAAGCUAGUCAAGGACUGUGCACUGACUUUGAGACAGCUAUCUCUGAACAACAGAGUUAAGCUGCUAUGGGUACCAGGUCACGCUGGUAUCCCAGGCAACGAGAGGGCCAACGAACUGGCACGACUGGGGGCGACAAGCUCCCAGCCAUGCCAUGAGUACCCCAUUGGCGUCUCAACCUAUGCGUUGAAAGGCCUAGCUAAGGACUGGUUAAACCAGGAAUUCACCAGGCUCUGGCAUAACGCAAACGGUAUGAGACACACGAGGGCCCUACUUGAGGGACCGUCACAAAAGCUGGGUGACACCUUAACCCACCUGGACAGGGCGCAACUGCGCAUGCUCGUGGGCCUAGUGACAGGACACUGGUACACGAGGAAACACCUCGCGCGCAUGGGACUCACAGAGGAGUCGACAUGCCCGUGGUGCGAGGAGGGGGACGAAACACCUGUCCACGUACUCCUAAGAUGCAGGGAACUAAGGGCCCUUAGAGGAUCAAUCCUGGGGACCUUGGAACCCUCAUCAUUAAGCAUUUCGGCUGACCUGGUGCGGGUGCUUCUAAAUCUUGCAACAGAAGCCCAGCUGCCAAGGUACAGCCAGUAA